AUGCUUGCAUCUGGUCUCCUCGCCGUCGUUGCGCUGUUCCAAGGCGUCACAGCAUCCCCGGCCCCCGAAGCCGAGCUCGACAUGGCCGCACCCCGUUACGUCUGCCCAAAGUGCCCCGCGAGCGCACCACUGUGCGCGUUGAACCUGAACACAAGGCAGCCAAAGUGCUGCCCUGAGGGGAAGCCUCUCGCCAACAACGCCGGCUGCUACACAUCCGACAACGUCAUUUGCAACAACACGCAGAUCUGGGCUCCCGGUACUCAUUGCCCGUGUGUCUAA